AUGGAGGAAAUUAAGGGAGAGAUAUUGGAGGAUUCUGACCCCGUUGAUGAAGAGGAACCUAAUUUGGAAGAAGAAAUUAGAGAAUUCUUAUCCCAAGAUGUUAAUUUGGAGGGAAUGGAGAGGAUGGAUAGUGAUAGAAGAGAUAAGAUUAAAUACAUCAGCUCUUUUCAAAGAUGAUUGCAGGCAUUCAGGAAAUAUGUAGUCGAUAAAAGGAGUGAGAAAAUUGAGGAAUGAGAUGGACUAUGAGCUCAGGCAAAAACGGAGAUUGAGCAACAAAUUGAAAAGUUAAAAAAUCCGGAUCUUAAACUAAAUAAGAUUGAAUUGAAGGAUAUUGAAAGAAGGACAGAUAGACUUUGGGAUGAUCUUAGAGAUGAAAAUCUUUAUAAAGAGUUUACCGACGACAGAGUCUAUUGCCAAUUUUUUAUGAAUGAAGAUGAUAUUAUGAACAAGUUCAAAGCAAUGUUGGGCAAGAAAAAUAAAGAUAUUGAAAAACUAAAACAAUGAAGUUUUCAGCUUAACAAAAAAUUAGCGAUGAUAUUAACAAAUAUUAAGCAAUCGAGUAAAUCAGAUGCCAAAGAGAAUGCCUUAUUCGAGAUUAGACAAUUGAUGGGAGAAAGAGAGAGAAGGGUUCCAGGCAUUUUUGGGAAUAAUACUAAUCAAGCUUCAGUACAGAGUAUGCUUGAUGUUCCUAUUCUAAGACCCAAAGCGCGACCAUCAAGGAAAUAGAAGAACUUUAAUUGGACCGAAGCUCAUGAGAGAAAGAAAAGAGAAAGAAAAAGUUCAAGAAAUUAUUGAAUGAGAGUCUAACAAUGAAAACAUCCUAAUAUGUGAACAAAUUCAGAAGAAUCUUAAUCAACCCCAAAAUUCAGGGAUUACUUCUCGCUUUGAUUCUCUAUGAAUGCAGAGCCAAAGAGAUGAAAGAAGUUCUAUGAAUGCCCCUCAAUCAAGAAAAAGUGAAAAGGAAUUAAACCGAGAGAGAGAAAAUAAAAUUUAAUGCAAAUUAUUUAAAUGGAACUUUGGAUAUCUGCAAUGAAGAAUUAGAUGAACAAGUUUCUAACAAAGAGAGUUCAAGUCAAACUCAAUAUUAUCAUCAUACUGAUUCAAAAUAUAGUUGUUCUUCUUCGAUAAGGACAAAGCAUACUCCAGGAACUCUCAUGACUCAUUUCUCCAAGCCUCCUGAUAUAUCUUCAUCUAAACAAAGAAACAUAAGUAUGAAAUCGGAAGCCCGCGAAACCACUCUACAUUUAGCUUUAAGACUUAGAGAUAAAAGCAGCCAAGAACUCAAUGAAGAGUGUAAAGAAGAAUCUAAGUCGGACAUAUACAUGGACGACAAAAGCCAAAACUUUGAUGAUAACCUAAGUUAUCCUCUUGAAGGCUCUUCCGUGAUGUACGACUUAUCUGAUAAUGAUCACCUCAUGUUUAUACAAAAUUGCAAAAGAAAGCUGCCUAAUUUACAAAACAUUGGAUUCUGUAUUAAUGGUGAGAUCCCUCAAUGCUUAUUAGAAUCCUUGGAGAAAUGCUUUCCUGAUGAAGUGCAAUAUUGUAAAUUUUAUUUCCCAGCGAGUUCUAGAUAUUUGAAAUUUGAUAUUCCAGAACAAAUACGACGCAUAAGUUGCAAAGCUCUCAAAGCAUUUGAAUUCAGUAGAUUUCAAAUCAUUCAAUUUGAUCUCGAAUGGUUUAUCAAGGAAUGCACAAUUGCAAAUGAAAUUAUAUUCAGUCAUUGCCUAUUUUGUAUACCAGAUGGCCUAAAUCUCUUUGGUUUGUGAAAAAAUUCAUGUAAAAAUAAAUUGGUUUUUGAUAGAUGCCAUGCCAAUUUUGAUGAAAGCUCAUCUGAUUCUCCAAACCUCGUAACCUUUGAAAUGAUUCUACAAUCUAUAGAAAUUCCUGAUGUCUUCAGGAACAGAAUAGUUUGUUCUCAAACUUCUCAAUAAGUUUGAUAAAAUUAUGAUUAAAAAUAGGUGUUUCAACU